AUGCCGAGGGCGGCACUCUACAAGACGCUCUUGUAUCUGACGAACUCUCAAACCGUUCGCCAUGUGCAGCCUGGCCCUCUCAUUGGUAAUUCUACAAAGCGGAUGAACAAUGGGACACGGGUCUAUAUGCGUGACUACUACAACAAUGCUGCCAGCCGUGCUGGGGCCCCCGUCACAUUCCGUUUAUCCUUGCAGACUAAUGCUGCCACAGAUGCCAUCCUGUUGACUGACUACGCCUUCUUUUAUCAGCAUGCACUUCUCAAUGGCCGACGCAUCAUACCCAUCUCAUCUAGCCGUCGUCAGACAGCAAACUCGGCAAUUGUCAAGGUAAUCGUAACAGAGGGAGCAGCCCCACUUUACGGUGAGGUCCUCGCCAUCUUCUCACACGAGCAACAAGGAGUUCCACCCGAGUUGCAUCACCGCCUCUUCGCUGAGUUUCGCUGGAUGAAGGAGUCUGAGUUCUUGCCUGUCGAGGGUGAUCCAUGGCAUCAGUUAAUGCCGAGGGCGGCACUCUACAAGACGCUCUUGUAUCUGACGAACUCUCAAACCGUUCGCCAUGUGCAGCCUGGCCCUCUCAUUGGUAAUUCUACAAAGCGGAUGAACAAUGGGACACGGGUCUAUAUGCGUGACUACUACAACAAUGCUGCCAGCCGUGCUGGGGCCCCCGUCACAUUCCGUUUAUCCUUGCAGACUAAUGCUGCCACAGAUGCCAUCCUGUUGACUGACUACGCCUUCUUUUAUCAGCAUGCACUUCUCAAUGGCCGACGCAUCAUACCCAUCUCAUCUAGCCGUCGUCAGACAGCAAACUCGGCAAUUGUCAAGGUAAUCGUAACAGAGGGAGCAGCCCCACUUUACGGUGAGGUCCUCGCCAUCUUCUCACACGAGCAACAAGGAGUUCCACCCGAGUUGCAUCACCGCCUCUUCGCUGAGUUUCGCUGGAUGAAGGAGUCUGAGUUCUUGCCUGUCGAGGGUGAUCCAUGGCAUCAGUUCCACGAGCUUGACGUCAACUGCUUUGAGCUAAAUAUAUAUCACCCUGACACCAGCACGCUCCCUUAUGUUCUUCCCUUUGACUGCAUCCGCUGUCAAGUGGCACGCGGAGUCGUUGAGACAACUGACCCUCCAUUGUGGAUUACAACAAGUCUCGAACGGCACCCGAGUCUAUAG